AUGAUAUAUUUAAAAUCUAUGUUAAAAGUUAUAGAUAAUUCAGGAGCUCAGUUAGCUGAGUGUAUUAAAAUCUUAAGGAAAGGAUCUCCUAAAUCAAGUGGGACUACUGGUGAUAGAAUAGUUUGUGUUAUUCAAAAAGCUAGACCUUUAAAUCAAAAUAUUACCGGUACUGCGAAUUCUAAUAGGGUUAAAAGAGGUGAUAUAUGUCAUGCAGUUAUAGUGAGAACAAAACAAAAGAAUGGAUAUAGAAAAGAUGGUUCUAAUAUUUCUUUUGGAGAUAAUGCUUGUGUUUUAAUUAAUAAAAUCACUGGUGAUCCAUUAGGGACAAGGAUUAUGGCCAAUGAUGGUGUUGUUGGAAGAGAGCUGUUAGAUAAGGGCUACAAAAAGAUAUGUUCUCUAGCUAGUAGAAUAGUAUAA